AUGCUUAAAAUAGAAUUUUGUAACGGUAUCUGUUGCUUGAUACGUAAUACUCCUACUAUAAUGGAAAUGGUAAAUUUCAUAUUACUUGUAAUCUUUCUGGGUCGCUAUCAGCAGGCUUACAUCACUGAUAUAACAGGAGGAAACGUAACCGGACCAUCAAUGAACGAAGAAAAGACAAGAGUUUCUUAUGCAAUACUGUCGCUUUUAUUUAUUCUUGCUCUAAUCAUUGUCGCUACAAUGCAUAUAAUGGAAAGCUUGAGAAUCUAUAAGAGUGCGAAUGACAAGUUAAUACGAUCAAGUAAUUCCUCUGAAUAUCGGAACGUAUUAAAAAAUGAAGAAAUCACUUUUCUAGAACUAUUUACACUAAAUGGAUCACAAAUUUGUGGAAGUCGUCUUUCAAUUUUAACCAUUCGAAACAUUUUAUCAGUUGCUGUAACCAUCUGGCACAUCUUAAAUAUUGUGCAGCUUACUGUGAGAAUGUCAGACUGCCAAAAUCUAACUUUCAUGAUCAAGUAUAAAGUUUCAGAAUUUAUGGCGUUAGCAAAUUUAUCAUAUUUAUCACAUAUAUUGAACUCGAACAUGAAAGAGUCGAACUUUCAAAAGGAUUUUACGUUCUGUAAAGAAUGGCUAGAGAAAGUGAAAAUUGUAUGGAUAAACAUUUAUUUGGCAGCAGUUCUAUCCAUCAAUGCUUAUUUUGUAUUAAAUAAUAACAAUUCGAAAAAGUCUUUGGAGGACAUGGCAGACUAUAUUCCAAUUAAUAUAUUGUAUAACUCACUUUCAUCAGCAGCGUUUUCGAUUGUGUUCAUUUUGCAAAUGGAAAAACUCUGCAAAUCUAAAGAUCAAGCAUUAACUUCACUUCUUGAAAGCUAUAAUAUACUUCAGGAACAGUUCAAUAAAUUUACGAAUUCAUUGAAUACCGAUGAUUUCUCGUUCGCGGUUAUUGGAACUAAAGCCAAACCGCAAGCCAUCUACAGACUUUUGAUUUGCUUGCAUAAUCGCGCACAAGCCAGCGAACACCGUCCAUACAAUCCUAUUCCUACGACCGUUCUUUCUGAGUACAUACGCGAGUAUCAAAUAACGAAUAUACUUCACAUACGCCUAUACCAUGCUUUCAAUAUUCUUGGAGCUCUCAAAUACGCGGAAGUUCACCAGGAAACGAAACAAAAUGAAUGCCCAUAUCAUCGAAAGUAG